CUGAAGGACUUCCCAUGGGCGUAAGGGAAAUCGCACACGCCAUCCGGGGAAGAGGACCAGGAAAUCACUUCUUGUUUUUCAAACAGCAGCGAGCCUCUCACGGAUGGCGCUGUGAGGCUCAGAGGACCACGGCAGGGGAGGCGCGGGAGAGCGGUGAGGCUGAGCCCGGCACGGAGCUGCCAGUCCUGCCUGAGCCCUCACAAUGAAUCCUGCUCGGCUUUGCCUUCACCGGGUAUAGGUUUUCUUGGAGACCGUGGGGCAGAUGGCCUCAUAGGGGAAACCUGGAUGGUUUUAGGCGUCUGAUCAGAGCAGAAGCCAGCCUGGGGACUGCGGUGGCGGACAGGCAAAGCAACUCAAUCCUCAAGAAAUGAAAUCCCCAAGGAGAACCACAUUGUGCUUCAUGAUUGUUGUGAUUUAUUUUUCCCAAGCUACACUGAACUUGAAUUUAGAAUCUAUUGUUCAUUCCUUGAUUCUCCAUGAACAUGAACCAGCAGGGAAGGACUCACUAAGGCAAAAACGAGCAAUCGCCUCAAGCAGCCCAACAGCUGAAGAGUACACCUUUGAUGUGGAGAUCAGUUUUGAAAAUGCCUCCUUCCUGGAGUCAAUCAAAGCUUCCUUGUACAGCCUCAGUUUCCCAAUUCAGGGGAACAGCACUGACCAAGCCACCACCAUUUUAAGCAUUGAGGUGACAACAGUCUGCAGACCUACUGGAAAUGAAAUCUGGUGCUCCUGUGAGACAGGCUACAGGUGGCCUCAGGAACGCUGCCUCCAGAACCUCACAUGUCAAGAGCGUGACAGCGUCCCUGCAGGGCAUCAGUGCAGUUGCCUUAAAGGACUACCUCCCAAGGGACCUUUCUGCCAGCUCCAGGGAGCAGAUGUUACCUUGAGAAUGUCGGUCAGACUCAAUGUGGGCUUUCAAGAAGACCUCAAGAAUACUUCCUCUGCUCUCUAUAGGUCCUACAAGACUGAUUUGGAAACAGCGUUUUGGAAAGGUUACAGCAUUUUCCCAGGCUUCAAGUUGGUGACUGUGACAGGAUUCAGGCCCGGAAGUGUGGUUGUGACAUAUGAGGUCCAGACGACAACACCAUCACCCGACUUAAUGCAUAAAGCAAAUGAACGAGUAAUGCAGAACCUUAAUCAGACCUACAAAAUGGACUACAGCUCCUUUCAAGCAGUUACUAGCAAUGAAACGAAGUUCACCGUCAUACCAGAAAUCAUUUUUGAAGGAGACACAGUAAAUCUGGUGUGUGAAAACGAAGUUUUGUCCUCUAACGUGUCCUGGCACCAUGUUGAAAGGCGCUUUGACAUCCAGAACAGCAGCAGAUUCUUGGUUUACACCACCGUGCUCAACAACAUGACCUCCAUAUCGCACCUCACGAUUUACAACAUCACUCAGGGCGAUGCAGGUGAAUAUAUUUGCAAGCUGACAUUGGAUAUCUUUGAAUAUGAGUCCAGAAAAAAAAUAGAUGUCACACCCAUCCGAAUUGUGGCAACUGAAGAAAUGAAGGUGACAUGCGACAACAAUCCUGUAUCUUUGAACUGUUGCAGUGAGAUUAAUGUGAAUUGGAGUGCUAUAGAAUGGAAGCAGGAGGGGAAAAUAAACAUUCCAGGCAACCCAGAAACUGACCUAGAGUCCGGCUGCAGCAGAUACACCUUCAGGGCGGAUGGGACUCAGUGUCCCAGCGGGUCCACUGGAACGACCGUCAUCUAUGCGUGCGAGUUUGUCAGCAUGCACGGAGCCAGAGGCAGUAAGAACAUAGAAGUGACAUUCACUUCCAUGGGAAAUAAUUCCAGCCACAACAGGGAAGUGCACCAGCUCCCAAGGCAGGAGAUGGAAAUGAGUACAGUUGAGAGCACCACCGGGAACAGCCUAGAAACAAAGAAAGCCCAGGAGCCGCAAGGUACCCAUCCCGCAAUGACACCAGUGGAGUCAGGACGGCCCAUGCUUUCUGCCUCUGUCUUAAAUUUCACUCGUGUGUCGAUGUCACCAGAAAGACUAAAUCUUGUGCUUGUUGUUGGUUUUUCUUUUGUCCGUUCUGUGUGCAUUCUUUCAGCCAACCUAACAAUAACCCCGGACCCAAUUUCUGUUUCUGAGGGACAAAACUUUUCCAUAAAGUGCAUCAGCGAUGUGAGUAACUAUGAUGAGGUAUACUGGAACACUUCUGCUGGGAUUAAAAUAUACCAAAAGUUUUAUACCGCCAGGAGGUCUGCUGCUGGAGCAGAGUCGGUGCUGACCGUGAAGACGGCGACCCGGGAGUGGAACGGAACCUAUCACUGCAUAUUUAGAUACAAGAAAUCGUACAGUGUCGCGACAAAAGAUGUGAUGGUUCACCCACUGCCUCUAGAGCCGGACAUCAUGGUGGACCCUCUGGAGGCUACGGUUCCGUGCAAAGGUUCCCAUCACUUCAGGUGCUGCAUUGAGGAGGACGAAGACUACAAAGUAACUUUCCACGUGGACUUCUUAUCCUUUCUUGCAGAAAAAGAAGUUAAUGGAAAGCAAGUAUGUUACAAACACAGUUUCUCGGCAAGCUCAGUUUCCUGGUGUCCAAAGAAGCUGGACAUUUUUUGUCACUUUACCAAUGCUGCUAACAAUUCAGUCCGGAGCUCAGCUAUGAAGAUUAACCUGGUUCCAAGAGAGAAGAUCAUGUGCCGAGAUCCCACAAUAGGUGUUGGGGAACCUGGGAAAGUCAUCCAGAAACUAUGCCAGUUCUCAGAUGUACCCAGCAGCCCUGCGGGUCCCACCGGUGGGACAGUGACUUACAAAUGUGUAGGCUCCCACUGGGAGGUGAAGAAAAAUGACUGCAUCUCUGCCCCAAUACAUAGUCUGCUCCAGCUGGCCAAGGCUUUGAUCAAGAGUCCCUGUCAGGAUACAAAGCUCCCAGCAUACCUGAAGGAUCUUUCUGUCAGCACAGGCAAGGUGAAACAUGAAGUCAGCUCAUUUCCCGGGAGCCUGGGAGCCAUCAUUAACAUCCUCGAUCUGCUCUCAACAGUUCCAACCCAAGUGAACUCAGAAAUGAUGACGAACAUUCUCUCUACGGUUAACACCCUCCUCAGCAAGCCCAUGUUGAGUACCUGGAAGGUGUCCCAACAGCAACCGACCAACCAGAGCUCACAGCUUCUGGAUUCAGUAGAAAGAUUUUCCCGAGCAUUAUGGUCUGAAGAUAGCACUUUUUUGUCCAUCAACCAAACGAAUGUGCAGAUGAGGAGCAUGAUAAUAAAACCUGGCCAUCCAAAACCCUACAAACAGAGCUUUGUUUUCUCAGACUCAGACCUCUGGGGCAACGUGGCCAUUGAAAAGUGUGAGCUGGGAAGCCUGCCAUGGGGUUCGUCUGUUGUCACUGUGGCUUUCCCAACUCUCAAAGCCAUCCUCACCCAGGACAGUCAAGGAAAGAAUGUUGCGAACAACUUAGUGAUGACAACCACUGUUAGCCACAAUAUAACCAUGCCAUUCCAGAUUUCAAUGACUUUUAAGAACAUCAACCCUUCAGGUGGGGAACCACAAUGUGUGUUCUGGAAUUUCAGCCUCGCCAACCACACAGGGGGGUGGGAUAGUAGUGGGUGUGAAGUGAGACGAGUUGACGGGGACAGUGUCUCCUGCAUCUGUGACCACCUGACGUCAUUCUCCAUCCUCAUGUCCCCCGACUCUCCAUACCCUGGUUCCCUCCUGGAAAUACUACUGGAUAUCAUCUCCUACAUUGGGUUGUGCUUUUCCAUCUUAAGCUUAGCAGCAUGUCUAGUGGUGGAAGCCGUGGUGUGGAAAUCAGUGACCAAGAAUCGGACAUCCUAUAUGCGCCACAUCUGCAUCGUGAACAUUGCUGCCUCCCUUCUGGUGGCCGACAUCUGGUUCAUUGUGGCUGCUGCCAUCCACGACCAUUUUUAUCCUCUCAACAACACAGCCUGUGUGGCCGCCACCUUCUUCAUCCAUUUCUUCUACCUCAGUGUCUUUUUCUGGAUGCUGACUCUGGGCCUCAUGCUCUUCUACCGCCUGGUUUUCAUCCUGCAUGACACGAGCAAGUCCAUUCAGAAGACUAUUGCAUUUUCUCUUGGCUAUGGCUGCCCUCUUGUCAUCUCAGUCAUCACGGUGGGGGCCACCCAGCCCCAAGAAGUCUACACCAGGAAGAAUGCCUGCUGGCUCAACUGGGAGGAUACCAAGGCCCUGCUGGCCUUCGUCAUCCCAGCGCUGAUCAUCGUGGUAGUGAACAUGACCAUCACAGUUGUGGUCAUCUCCAAAAUCCUGAGACCUUCCAUUGGAGAUAAGCCAAGCAAGCAGGAGAAGAGUAGCUUGUUUCAGAUCAGCAAGAGCAUCGGGGUCCUCACACCACUCUUGGGGCUCACCUGGGGUUUUGGUCUUGCCACUGUGUUCCAAGGAAGCAAUGCUGUGUUCCAUAUUAUAUUUACGCUCCUCAAUGCCUUUCAGGGAUUAUUCAUUUUACUCUUUGGAUGCCUCUGGGAUCAGAAGGUCCAGGAAACCUUGUUAAAGAAGUUUUCACUGUCAAGAUGGUCUUCACAGCACUCAAAGUCAACAUCCCUAGGUUCAUCGACACCAGUAUUUUCUAUGAGUUCUCCCAUAUCAAGAAGAUUUAACAAUUUGUUUGGUAAAACAGCAGCCCCAAGGGGCCCCCCAGGCAGUGAUGGAAACCUUGUUAGCAGUGGCAGCUCACCAAUCUGAUGGAACAUACAAUGUUUCCACCCCAGAGACAAGCAGCUCAUCCCUGGAAAACACAUCCAGUGCUUACUCCUUGCUCAACUAAGAACAGGAAAAUCGACCCGUGUGUGACUUCUUUAAAGGACAGUGGAUAUGCUCAGGAAAAAAAAAAAAAAAAUCUUUUCAAAGCCAUGGGUAAAAUGUUUCCUCCCCAGGCUUUCUGGAGCAGAUGCUGAAGAGACUCUCUCAUUAGGGAAAAGAAGCUUUCUUUCCUAAAGACAGACUAAAUGUAAUUGUUAAGUUUAUUUGCUGCCCCACCCCCACCACUUGUGUGAUACUAAAUGUGUACAGUAUUUAAGUGAGACUCAAAACCCCUGAGGCCCAACUUCCCUGUAUUGUAAAAUAGAAUUUCAAAGAGACAUUUUUCCUUGUCAUACGUUGGGCACAAAAAUAAGCUUUGAUUCAAAUAAUAAACACAAGGCUAGUACCUAGGAAAUACUUCAGUGAACUCUCAGAAGGAAGGAAGGAAGGACACAGGAAAAAAGAAAAAAAUAGAGAAAAAGAAUAAGAACCACAUUUUUAAAAUUUCCAUGUUAACAUAAUCAUUCUGAUACUGCAACAUGGAGAAUACAAAAAUGGCUCAAAAACAGAAACUGAAAUAAAUCAUGGAGAAAGUUUGGUAAAAA